AUGCUUUCAUUCCUGAUUACUUUUUCAAUAUUUAAAAAUAGUGAACCACAAGGUGAAUCAGAAUUAUCAAAAACUAUUAAUGACAUUAAGUCUGCAUUAAACAACAAAGAUGAAGCAACUAUUGCCAAAAUAAAUUCAAAUCUUAAAAAUUCGAUUCCAUUUUUAGGAAAGAAUAUUAAAUUCUUAAUAACAAAGAUAGAGAAGAAGGGAUCUGAAUCACAAAUGCAGCCACCAGCUGGUAAUUCAAUAUUAUUUUUCCCAUAUUCAGAUAUAAACGUUCAUAUUAAAUUUUUGGAUGUUCCAAGUAUUGGAAAAGGUAAUGUCAAAGGAAACUUUGAUAGUUUUGAUGCCUAUCAUCUAAAUCAAAAAACAAUGAAAAAAACUAAUGCUCCAGUUGAUAAAGAUGGUAAAUUCUUAGAUCGCUACUCAGAUGAUGAAUUGGUUCUUCAUUUUACAAAUUCAAAAGGAAGUAUCCUUAUUGAAUCACUUGAUUUUGAGUAA